GCAGAACUGCUUGUUGUUACUUUACGGGAACGUGAAAUGUUUGCGUUACUCAGCAGAGAGGCGCUCUAGAGCAAAUGUCACUUUUGUCGUGAAUCCACGCCGCGAUUUUCAAAUGUGUAAGGCCUUGUACUAUUUCUGUUGCAGAGGAAGACGUCCUGUUGUGUUGGCCUAGGCAGGUUAUUUCUUAAAACAGUUCAGCUGGAAGGUUGCGCUUCGCUCUCAUUUCUAAGAUGGCUGCGUCUACGGGCAGGAUCAAUGGGCCGGGAGUCGUUGUUAUUCAUAUUGUCCUUUUCGGCUGGUACGUGUUCACUGUAUGGAGGAACUGUUCCGUGACUAUCACGGCCAAACACCCGGGCGCAAAGACAUAUGGGGGGCGCUGGAAGUACCUCACAUUUAUCAAUCUGAUCCUCCAGACAGUGUACUUUGGAGUAUGUAUAUUGGCUGACAUUACACAGUUGUGGUCUUCUGUGUUUAGGCACAAAGAGUCUCUAGUCAAAGUUAGAGACAACUUCUUUGCUUUGCUCGCCUUUCCUGUGGGUACAUUUGUCGUCCUUUCAUUCUGGUCGAUUUAUGCCUUUAAUCGAGAACUGGUUUAUCCCACCUACUUAGACAGCAUCAUUCCACAAUGGCUCAAUCAUGCCAUGCACACUGUGAUUCUUCCACUGCUCCUUAUUGAACUCUUCACUACACAUCAUCGGUAUCCUAGCAGGAAGAAGGGUAUCCUGGGACUGAUUUGCUUCUGUUGUGUCUACUUGAUUUGGAUUUUUUGGGUCCGCUAUGCCUCUGGAAUCUGGGUGUACCCUAUCUUGUCUUACCUUAGCCCUGUAGGACUGGUUCUUUUUUUAGUAGUUGCAGCUCUUGGUUUAGCACCCCUCUACCUUUUAGGAGAAUACCUUAAUACAUGUCUAUGGGGAGUCCGGAAAAAGAAAAAGCACUAACGUACAGUACUUCUCAAUUGAAUGAUCCUUCAGAACCCUUGGACUUCUUUUGUAGACUCUGCUCUUCAGCUCACUCUGCAAGUUUUAAAUGGGGUUUGGAUUGGUGGACUGGGAUGACCACUCUAAAAGUUUGAUUCUGUGGUUAAGGAACCAUUUUUGUGUGGAUUUCAUGGUAUAUGCUGUUGAUCACUGACCCAGUUUUAACCUUCUGGCAGAGGCAGCUGAAUUUUGUAUCCCAGGGCCUUUGGAGAAAAACAUCCCUCAACAUCAUAAGUCCACUAGCCUGUUCCACAAUGAAGACUAGGUUGUUUCUUGCAUGAGUUUACUAAAUUUUACUCCAGACCCAUUUCUGGUGUUUUAUUACUUCUCAAACCAUCCUCCACACUGUGUAGCACUAUACAAAAUGAGUUGGAUUGUUUAUGUCCUCUUCCAAACAGGUUCAUCACAGCUACAAUUGUUAGAGCAAUAAUUAAGACAUUUCAGUGUGGAAUUCAUAUAGCUGUUUUUUUACAACUACAGCCUGAUUUAUGAAGGACAGCCACUUUUUGUCUCAUUUCAUUUCUGUAUUCACUCAUUUUAUCUGUGCUGAUAGAUGACUACAGGGAUUUGUCCCAUGUGUUGCAUCAUAUUUACUGUGUAAUCCAGUGAAACUGGAAGCCAGAGAACACUAUUUAACUACAUUAUCUGGUAAUUUGCUGUAACAUGUCUUCUAGAACCUUCUGUCAUGUUUGAGGUGUCAUACCCAUACAAUAACAUUGAUUUGGCAUUUGUAAUAAGAAGAAACGUUACAUUUUUCAAGACAAGAUUUGAUUUCAACAUUGCUCUUAAUAUGAUAAAAGCUUUGAUUGAUUUUCAACAUCUACAGGACAUCAUCUUUUAAACCUGCUAGACUGGUAAAACACAUCUUCUAGAUAUAUAAUGCAUGCGAUCUGUCUCUUAAUUUGGGCUGAUUGGAUUGGCAUUUGCUCUUGAGUCAUUACACCUUUUCUUUGUAUUAUUUACAUUGAUGUUGUUUUUUUUUUUUUACAUUAUACGUUGUCCAUGUUGUUGUUCAGAUGAUAUGUUCUUGGCCAUCUAAAACCAACAUGUCAGGAAAAUGUUAAAAUCUUCGGUCUCUUUGCUCAUUUUAAUCACCAAAACCUCAUCUAAUUACUCACUCCAAGGUGGCCAAGAAAAUAUUUACAAUUAUUCAGUUAGCAGACGCUAUUAAAUGAUAGCAACUGACAAAUGAGGUCAACACAAAUCAAAUAUAAGAGGAAACCGCAAAUUUCCUUUCCUCACUAUUGUUACGUUCUUAAAAAGGCUGAUACAUUUUUCUGAUAGAUGAUUUUUUGUGAUGUCUUCAUAAAGUGGUUUUACCACUGAAUACCCAAGCAAAUUGAAUAUUUAGUGCAAUCUAGCAUGGUUUGUUCUUCAGUCAUACUUAAACUAGCUCUGCAAGAUUCUUAAUUCAGCUUAACCAUCAUGGUUUUAAAUCCAGUGGAUUUUUCAGUCAUUGUAAAAUUAUUUUCAUCAGUGUUUUAUUCAGAAAUGUGUGAAAACUAACACGGUACACUUAAACUUUACAUAUUUCAGCACAUGUUUGAUUACUUUUCACUAAGUGAAUGGCGUGUAUAAAAGUAUGUAGACAUAUACUGUACAACUGCAGCCCAGAAAACAUCUGUAAGAAUGAAAAAGAAGGAAAACAAAUCAUUAAACCCCAGGGAAAGACAAUUAUUACUUUGGAGUGUUAAGGACAGAGCAAGAAACAGAAGUGGUGUCCGUAAUUAUAUUUCCUUUAUAAAAAAAAAAAACAAUUUGCUGCACUUUAGAUAAGACACUUAAUGAGAGAUAAAGUGUUGUAUAUGGCAAGCAUAGUAAACAAGAAGGGUAAUGCAUUAACACACCAAUGUUAAUAGUCUAUCCUAGACAAUUCCGAUCCAACACUGUCACAGCAAUUCAGGCUGAAGGUUUCCUCCUCUUGAUGGAUAUAAUUUAAAGUAAUAUGUGUACCAUGAUGCUUUGUUUUAUUUUAAGUAUGUAUUAUAUUUCAAUAUUCGCCACUCUAAAGGUAAUGAGAAUUGCGCUUGACUAACAAGACUGAUCAUGAAAAAAUUUCCAGAAUCACAGGCAUCUUUUAUCCAGUGAGAGAAAAUGUCUGUUGUUGCUCAUUAGUUUGAGCUUACACUCAGAUUAUGAGAGAAAUACCAUCUUUCAUUGAGAUAAAAUUAUUACAUGGAUUGUGUUUUGGUCAAACAUGUUACAAUUAUUGUCACCCCAAUAGAGUCUCAUGAACAAAAUCAAAUUCAGAUAAGACAUUUCAGAUUUUACCUUUUCAAAACAUAUUUGAUUAUUGAGGGACUCUUAAAGCAAAGAUAUUGCUUGCUUUUAGCAAAGGUGCAGAUGAGAUACUCAGAUGAAUAGCUCAAGUGACCAUGAAGGACAGAAGAAUAUUGUUUGCAAAAACUUGAAACAGGGGUAGCAGUGCGUGUUACUUUUGAAUAUUGCUACAAGAAUAACAUGUUGGAAUGAGGAUCAGGAUGGUGGUGUAGUGGUAAGAAGUGCUGUGACAUGCUCUGAGCCAUCAAACCUUAACUACUACAAUUUGUACAACAAACCGUGAAAAUAAAAUAUUUACAAAGGAAUUUUUCUUUGUAUAUCAUGAGCUAAUGUUAGGAAAUGAGUAAAAGAAUCAUAGUUCUUACAAUGAUUGUUUCAUGGGUCACAAUGCACCCUAAAUACUUAAAUGGCAUAACAGAUUUAUCCAUUAUCCAACCCGCUAUAUCCUAACUACAGGGUCACUGGCUGCUAGAGCCAGUCCCAGCCAACACAG